AUCUAUCGAUUGGUCGUCGUUUGCUACUAUAGUUUGUUGAAAUAUCCGAAAAUAAAUCCGAUGUUUUUGUUUACAACCGGCGAAUGAACAGUUUUGUAGUGCAUUGUAUUUACAAUCAAAUUUAAUUCACAAUGGAAUGGUCUAAGGACAAAACGUUGAGGCUGAUAGAGCUUCUGCAGAUCAAUGCUAAUUUAUGGAAUCCUUCCUUGUGCGAUAGUCGCAGGGAUAAACAGAAGCGAAGGGAGGAACUGCAUGCAAUAGCCAGCAUUUUUGGCAUAACUGUUUCUGAUGCAACGAAAAAGAUACAACACUUGCGGACCCAGUACAAUCGUGAGUCGGCUAGAGAGGCCCGAGCCAAUGCCGAAGGGCCAAACGAGAAUUAUAUUAGCAACUGGUACGCAUAUGAGUAUUUACACUUCAUGAAGGAUUCAAAUAAACCGUAUAGAAUAUUGACAUUGACAGACCACCCAGAACUCAAUGGAAACACACAGCAGCAUAAUAUGGACGUCUCAGACAACAAGCUGGAUCACAUGAACACAUCUAAUAUCAGCAGAUCCGAGCUGCUACAUAGUUUGAAGCCUGACAUACUGUAUUCUCCGCAAGCCAACAACAGAGAUGAGUAUUCUGUGUUCGGGGAGUACAUAGCUAACGAGUUACGGUCACUCAAAGGUGAAAAGAACCUUUUGGUGGCAAAGAAGAAGAUACAGGAUGUCAUAUUUGAAGUGAAGAUGGGCAUGAUAAGUGAUCAGAGACUGGAGCACAGUGCGACUUGCACAGUUUAUACAACAAAUACUCAGCCCUCUGUGGUUCAUAACGGCAAGCUGUACUCGAGUUCUGAACUGAACACGACUAUUGAACCUCAGCCUACGAAUGCAUCUACAAAUACAAGAAUAAAUGAGAUUAUGAUCAGCGGCAGUUGCCACUAUCCAACGUUUAAGGUUGAUGAUCAAUAGCAAAACCAGCCACUUCCAAAUGUGGAAGUGGAUAAAAACGAUACUUAUAAUAUUACUAAUUAAGGUUCUCAAUGUUCUUUCAUGUUGUCUGUUGACAUUCUGUAUAUUAGCAGUCUCUUAUGUUUCUGUGGUCAAAGCAAAUAUCAGUACUUUUGAGGCCAAUUGCAGAAGCUUGGCCUCAAAAGUACAGAUAUUUGCUUAGGCCACAUGUGCUUCAGCAAUAUAUCCGAGGCACUACAAUUUUUAAGUGGUACCCAUGCAGAUAAUACUGUAUAUAAAUUAUCUGCAGACCACAAGGAUACAAAGGCCUUGAAUUUUUAUUUUUGACAUACAUAGACAUAAGAGCGGGCUGCCAAAUUUUGCUGUGUUUUCUAAUAAGUAUUAUGAUCCCGGAAGAAGAUUGACUUAACUGAAAUUGAGAUUUAUUUAAUCAUUGUAUAUUUAUCUGAUAUUAGCCUAACGG